AUGCCUUCUCUCGUCGGCAAGGAGGUCGGCCACACUGGCUAUGGCGCUAUGAGGUUAACCUGGCACCACCAGCCACCGCCUGAGGACGUGUGCUUUGAAACACUCAACACGGCACUGGAAUACGGCGCCAACUCCUGGAAUGGCGGCGAGCUCUACGGCACUCCGGACUACAACUCGCUGCACUUGCUGAACAAAUACUUCACCAAGUACCCAGAGAAUGCGGCGAAGGUGGUUCUCAACAUUAAAGGCGGAUUGAAGGUCGGGCAGCUGAUACCAGAUGGCUCCGAGGCCAACAUCCGCCGCAGCGUAGACGAGUGUCUGCGCCUACUGGACGGUAAAAAGAAAAUCGAUAUCUUCGAGUGUGCUCGACAAGACCCCGCGUUCCCAGUCGAGCACACGGUGCGAGUCCUUGCGCAGUGUGUACGGGAGGGCAAGAUUGGAGCAAUUGGGCUGAGUGAGGUGGAUGCGGAAACCAUUCGGCGAGCGCACAAGGUGCACCCCAUUGCCUCUGUUGAGGUCGAGUUGUCACUGUGGGCUACUGAGAUUCUCGACAACGAUGUCGCCAAGACCUGUGCUGAGCUUAACAUCCCCAUUCUCGCCUAUUCGCCUCUGGGCCGUGGCCUUCUGACAGGAAUGACCUCCCUGGCUGAGGUCCCAGAGGGGGAUAUCCGCCGCCACAUGUCCCGUUUCCAAGAAGCCAACUUCCAGCAGAACUUGAAACUCAUGAACGAGGUCAACAGUCUGGCAUCGCGCAAGGGUGUGGCUCCGGCCCAAAUCGCAUUGGGCUGGAUUUUGAGUCUGAGUAACAGGCCUGGUAUGCCCACCAUUAUGCCCAUCCCGGGAGGCACUACCAAGGACAAGGUCAUCCAGAACACCCAGGGCGUCCCGCUGCUUUCUGACUCUGAAUUGGCCGAGGUGGAUGCCAUUCUGAAGGAGAACACAGUUGCGGGCACUCGACAACCGUGA